UCAGUCCAGCACGUUUGGCAUAUUCGGAAGCAGACAUGACAGAGUAGCGCCGCAGCAGCAAACGACCAGAAGCACGUGAUAGGUUUCCCAAUAUUGGAAGAUGAAUCGACCAGGCGAUUCCCAGAGGCCUCCACCGCAAGCCCAACAAGCGCAGAAGCCCGCAGACAAGUCGUCUAUGGGCCUGAGAUCGCUUUAUCUCAUCCAGUACAACUUCGUCUCGGCUGUUCUGUGGGCGUCCAUCCUCGCCAGAGUGUUGCUGUUAAAUGCCACCGAGGGCUACCAGGACGUCUACCCAGCUCUAGGAGAGACCACGAAAUGGAUCCAAACGCUUGCCGGACUCGAAGUCUUUCAUGCAGCCGUUGGUCUCGUACGAGCCCCUGUCCUCACAACGGUAAUGCAAGUCGCCUCCCGCUUUCUCCUCGUUUGGGUUAUUGCGGACAGAUUCCCCGCGACAGUAUCGGGAUCACCAGCCUACAGCACGAUGUUGAUUGCAUGGUCCGUCACGGAGGUGAUCCGGUACAGCUACUUCGCCAUUAUACUUGCCUACGAGAAAGUGCCGGCGUCAAUCACCUGGCUCCGCUACAACACUUUCUUCGUGCUGUAUCCGCUUGGCAUCGCGAGUGAAUGCUGGCUCAUCUGGAUAAGCCAGGGACCUGGGGUCGUGCAGUUGGGUCCGCUGUGGCGAUGGUUUGUAUAUGCGGUUCUGGCGAUCUAUGUUCCUGGCGCUUACAUACUGUUCACGCAUAUGAUGGCACAGAGGAGAAAAGUCAUGCGUACUUUGAAUGCGAGACGGCAACGAUGAGCUAACAUUACAGCUGCUUGUGGCGUAUCGUAUGCCACUUCUCGUUCGGAGAGUAAGCCGCAGCUCGGCUCGGACGACGGCAGGGCGGAAGACCGCGGUCAACACCGCGCGCGAUGUCUCCGCCUGAUCCCGCGAUCCAUCGUGACUGUGCCUAGCAAACGAUGCCGUCCUAGGAGAUCCAGUACAGGCCUAUAUACG